AUGGCCGAUCAGCAUCUAGAAUCUGGUGUGGAAACAAAUCCUAUUUUGGAUGCGUUCCAUCCUUCCAUCGAUGCAAAGGAAUAUAUGCGGGAGAAUGAGGAAAAUUUCGAGCUUCAGGAGGAGUCCCAUUUAAAUGACGAAUUAUACUCCAAAUUGUUUCUGGGAUGCAGUAUCCUCUUUUUCCUUAUAGCUAUCACGAUUCUUAUUAUGUCUCCGUUUAGCUUAUCUAAAAUAUCGCCUACCAGCAAGAUAUUUAAUAUGAUAAUCUCGCACUCGUCUCAACUAUUCGCGGGUCUUUUUCUGACCAAUAUCGUUGGUGUUGGCUGUAUUUACAUCUUGUCUAUAUACACUUCGCUGUUUGUUUACUCGCUACUAGCUUCGAUUCUGACUUUUUGGGGCGUGUGUUGCUGGAUAUUCUCCUAUCAAGUCCCAUGGUUUCUUUCCAUCGUUUUCUUCAUUGUUCCAAUCUUUUUUUUAGGCCUUUACAGGAAUAUCGUAAAGGCGAUUCCCCAGGCCAUAAAGGUUGCCCAGUUGACUUGUCUUGUUGCCAAGAAAAAUUCGUACUACUUGGCAAUUAUUUUCUGUCUGUGUCAAACCUUUACUCUUCUGCUUAGUGGCAUUUGGUUUGUUAUUUUUUCACAUUCUCUGCUUCUUGGGUUCCAUCAUUUGAAAGACGCAAGCUUCUAUUCGUUUACGUUUACUUCUGUUCUUGUUGGUGCCUUUUUGGUAUUUUUUUACAUUUGGACUUGCACCCUUCUUGGAAAUGUCCAGAAAAUGUUGACUGCCUUCGUGAUAAUCGACUGGUGGAGGCUUCAUUCAUGUGAGCUCCAAGGAAAUACCUCUCCCACAGCGUCACUAAUUAAUAACAAUCAACAGCGAAGAGAAGAUUUCCUUUUAGAUGCUACAGAUUGGCUCUUUUGGAUGUGGAAAUCUGCGCCUGGCCAGCUUUGCUGUUCAUCGCUAAUUUUAUCCUUUUUUUCGUUUGUCGAAUUGUUUAUUUGUUCAUCCUUAAGCCUUUGGAAAUACACAAUCGGCUUCUUUUGGAUGCCAUUUUGGCUUUCCUCCUCAAAUAGCUUUAUUCAUCACAUAGUUCACUGGAUACACCUCAAAAAGGCAGCGGCCUCGUCUUUGGCGUUGAUUAAUCUCGUCAACCAGCCAGGCUCUUCUUCAUCCACGCUAUCACUUUGCUCCUCAUAUGCCCAAUUACAACGAAUACUGCUCCAUCAUCAAGUUCACGUAGUUGCACCUGGACUUUUGCAUUUGCUUUUGGACCUGGUUUCUUUCCUUGUGUCGUUUAUCAUAGCAACCUUUGUGAUCUUUACCGACAACAACAUUGAAAUCAACAUAGCUGUCUUUGGAAUACUGGCCUAUUGGAUGCUAGGAUCAUCUGUCAACAAAAAUCUAUUUCGGAUGAUUCGUGAUGUGGCUGAUUGUAUACUUUUAUGCCAUAUUAGAUCAGCUGACGGGCGUGUCUUGGACGGCUCUUAA